AUGGACGCGUUGCCGGCCGGGGGACCUGGCGGCUUCUGGCUCCAGGCCGACGGUUGCGGCAGCAAGGCCUUGUGGGUAGAGUUCGAGGUCACGGCCACCGGCAAAGCGCUGCUGACCUGCAGGUGGCAGUCGUUCGCCCGCGCGCGGGACCUGCGCUGGAGGUGCACCCUCCAUUUCAGGUAUGACGGCACCGCGACCCUCUACGUGAGGAUCUUCGGGGAGGACGGCCCGCGUGUGGGGUGCUGCCCGGAGAGCGACAGCGACGACGACGGUGAUGCUGACGAUGGACGGAGGGGCGGCAUCGUCGCCGAUGAUGACCUCGCCCUUGGCGAUGGUCGUGUCGCCUCUAGCAGCGGCGGCUUCUCCUCCGCGAAAAGCUCUAGUGACGACGACUCUGACAAGCCGCUGCGUCACCGAGCCCGGAUCGGAAGGGAAGAUGAGUCGGGCCGCCGUCACGCCCCGGCGAAGCGGGAGGAGGGCUCUGAGUGA